AUGCAGAGGGAGAUACGGGAGACUCACAAUGUAAAAUUGUCCAAAAGGAAGUGUUAUAGGGCGCGGUUGUAUGCAAAGAGGCUAUUGGGAGGUUCUUUAAUUGAGGAGUAUAAGAAGUUGGGGCCUUAUGUUGCUGAGCUGAAGCGUGUUGAUCCAAGAGGCCGUUUUAUUUUGGAAGUGGACCCUUGUUCCAUUGCAAAUAGGGUCCUAUUCAAAAGGCUAUAUGUGAGCUUCUCAGUGCUCAGGAAAGGGUUUCUUGAGGGGUGUCGACCCAUAUUCUCUCUUGAUGGAGCGUUUCUGAAAGGCGAGGUUAAUGGGAUGAUUUUGUCGGUCGUUGCCAAGGAUGGGGACAAUCGUAUGUAUCCCAUCGCUUGGGCAGUUGUAGAAGGGGAGAACUUAGAUUCAUGGGGAUGGUUUAUUAGUGUGUUGCAAGAGGAGUUGGUGACUGGAGAUGGCAAAGGAUGGACUGUUGUGAGGGACUAG